CAACAUAGACUUACUGACUGCGGGGGAGUUUCCGGUCUUUGCAGGCAUAAUCCAACUAAAUCGUGUCUCUUUAUAAAUCUCAUCGCAGUAUUGAUUCUGCUCCAGAACAGAGAUUCUUCCAGUACGGCACAGACUCUGCUCCAGAACAUAGAUACCUGCGGUUCAGAACAGAUACCACUCUGGAACAGACCCAUCUCCAGCUCGGCUCAGAUUCUGCUGCAGCACAGGUAGUACCUCAGGGCAGAGACUGCUCCAGAACAGAUACCUCUAUCAGAGCACAGUCGCCACUCCAGGACCGAUUCUACCUCGGGGCAGAUGCUGCUCCAGACGAGAGACUCUCUACGAUAGACACUCGUUUGCCUUGUCCUGUGUUGGCAACCUGUUAUGUUGAAGUGCGCAUUGAUUUAGAUAUUACAUAGUGAGAUCCCGCGUAUGAUAUGAGUGCGCUGCUCAACUUUGUGGAGCCAGUGGUCUUUGUUACCAAUGUGGCCAAUUCUCUCUUUGAUACAGCGCUUUUGAUGGUGGUCUACAGCCGGCUAAAUGGGACAACGACUGGGAACAGUGACCUAGUGCAGAAGGAGGUGGCCCACUUCUAUAUGGUUUACAACAUGAUCUACUCUCUGACCCCCGUGCUGACAACGGUGCUGCUGGGAAGGUGGGCCGAUCGUCAAGGCCAGAAGGUCCUGCUGGUUGUCCCUUUGCUAGGGUAUCUCCUCGGGAGGUUCUUGCUGCUCUUCACCCAUGUUUUCCACUUGCCCAUCAGUGUGAUGUACGGCUCAGCAGUGAUCAACGGGCUGACUGGAGGGUUCCCAGCCUACUGGAGUGGAAUCAAUGCCAUCGCAUCCAUGAGGUCAGGAGAAGCAAGACGCAGCCUAAGGUUAAAUGUGCUGGAGGUGACGUCAGGGGUGGCAGGACUCCUGGGCAGUGUGGCAUCCGGUCACUUCUUUAUGAUCAGAAUUCACAACGAGAAUGGACUCCUGCUGAUCUGCCUGUGCCUGUCCCUAUACUUACUAAGCCUGUUGUACUCAGCAAUCUUUCUCAGAUACCCUGCUGUCCCUCCACGAGAACAGGUCCCCAGAGGAGUGCACAAUCCAUGCUGGAGAACAUUCAGCAGAGAAAUGCUUCUUCUCUCCACCUGCUACCUCCUGUAUGAUUUUGGAAGGACUGGUGGGGAAAAUAUAAUCUCAAUUUAUGUUCUGAAGCCCCCCCUGAGCUGGAACCCGGUCCUCGUGGGUUAUGGCCGGGCAGCCACCUUCGGUAUGUUCCUGACCAGCUUCUUUGGAAUCCUGAUCUUCUCCAGGCAUUUAAGUGACACAUCUCUGGUGUUCAUGGGCAUCAUCUCCAACACAGCUGGAUUGAUCACCAUGGCCUUUAUGAGAAGCACCCCCUUGUACUUUAUUGCUCGAGCUAUGAUGUUGUUUUCCUGCAUUCCGUUGCCUACAAUACGGGCUCAGCUGUCCAAACAAAUAGAUGAAGCUUCCUACGGUUCUGUCUUCGCUUGGCUUCAGACAGCGAUGGCUCUGACAGACGUGAUAGCUACCCUCACCUACAACAGUCUCUACAUUGCCUUCCUCGAAUGGUACAGUGGCUUCUCUCUGCUCCUCGCCGCAGUCGUUUGCUGGCUCAGCACCUUGCCAGUUGUGGUUUACAGCUACAGACUGAGGAGGAGGGAUGACGGCCUGGAUUCUGACACACACUCCACGAGGAGAAUGGUCAUCGAUGACUUUGAUGAAUGUUCAACUGGCUCUUCGCAGUGAGGACACAAACCCAACCCACCGCCGGAUCUGCCAACUGUGCCGUUAAAAUGUUCCAGUGGAGAAUGUGGGCACUCGGAAAGUGUCGGAGCCACAAAUAAUAGAAAUUGACGAAGUUCUCCAUCAAACGACUCUCUCAUUGUGCUGUAGAAACAGCUCGUGUCUCUGUUUGAGAAGUGUGGAGACCUUUCCAACACCCUUCUUGCUUAUGGUCGAAAACUGCAUUUUAUUACCCAAAGGUAGUGGUACACUGGAUUACCAGACUACAGGAGCACAUGGGAUUACCAGCUCAAAGAACAACAGUUCAAAUCCCACGUAGAUGUGGAUCACUUUAGUUCCAUGACACCCUUAAUUAAAAGUGUGAUAUCA